GCUGUAUGCUGGCGGCGCAGUAGACUGCCAGGCUUUUCUCAAUGCCGCCGAGGUGGGAGUUUGUCUAUUUAGUAGAUCUGUUAGAUCGGAAGCAAAAGCAGAGAAGUGAAUUGCCGAAGACUUCCUGUCCGUCGCAAUAUAGCAGUUGCGGCCGUUCUGCUACUCGAUAUGUUUCGCUGAGCCUUGGAAUCAUUAUUCCGCCAAAGACUUCCUGUCCGUCGCAAUAGCGUUUGACUUUGCCUAUCAUUAUUUCAUUAUUCCGUUCAAGCAAUUCUGUAAUGAGCUAGAGGAGGUAGCAUUGUAUUUGGACGGGGGGCGGUGGUAGGUACAGUCAAAAGGGUUGAAAAAUUGCAAAUCAGUUUCGAUCGGAAUAGAAGGGAGGCAGCAGAGGACAACAUGUAGCAGCAGGAUGGUCUUGAAUUCUGAGCUUUUUUCGAGCUUUGCCGGGAUUUGCUAUGGCAAUGUCGAAUCGAUGUAUUGUCAAGACUCGAUGUGGAAUCAGUUGCCUUAGACAGCCGGAGGGUGGAACAAAGGUUGAGUCUUGGUACAUGAAGAACUGAGUUGGGUUUCGGUGGGAGGAAGAGGUGUUGAAAAAUGUUAUGUUCCGUUAUUGACCAUUGUCUGCACCAUUUUGACGAGUAACCGCAGAUGGAGGUAGCAAAUGACACCCCCAGUAGCAGCAGGAUGGGGCCGAAUUAUGAGGCAAAUGACACCCCCAGUACCAGCAGGAUCGGGUUGAAUUAUGAGGCAAAUGACACCCCCAGUACCAGCAGGAUCGGGUUGAAUUAUGAGGCAAAUGACACCCCCAGUAGCAGCAGGAUGGGGUUGAAUUAUGAGGCAAAUGACACCCCCAGUAGCAGCAGGAUGGGGUUGGAUUAUGAGGUUCGACCAUUGCUGGGCUUUGCUAUGGUGGUGAUGUGUUCACGAUAUAUGUGGAGGCUCAUUUUGGAAUCGAAUGUGUUAGUCAGCCAGCGACAGGGAGGCGCUAAAGUUGAGUCUUGGGACAUUAACUGAGGGGGGUGAUUUGGGGAGAAAGAGGGGUUGAAAAACGUUUGUUAUCGACAAUUGUUUUUGUCACAAAUUUGUGCCAUGUGGGGAGGGACAGCCAGAUCGAUGGUGCUUUGCUUGCCCUGUCUGCAAAUCAGAUGCUCGUAUUUUUAUUUUUUUUCUGUUAGAUGAGAAAGAUAGCAAGGGAUGAGCGGAGCUGGAAAGAGAGAGGUUAGGAGGGUGAGCGCGAUAUCUAUAUAUAUAUAUACCGGGCAGUUCUAUUUGUGACGAUAUAUAUAUAUAUUUUCGGUAUAAAGGACCUCUCUGUAGCAGGCAGGCAUCAUUGGUGGAGUUGUUUUUGUCUUUGCUUGGGUGGUGCUUAUUGAACAAUAUACAUGGCGCUCAAAUUGCUGUGAUUGAACUGUGGUCCUCACCUUCUGCUUCCGUUGGUUGCUUUUCGUUUCUCUUUCUUUCCUCUUUUGGAGAGGAUUGGGCGCUGCAGGUUGGUUGGGGAAUUAAAUGGUUGGGUGUGUAUUUGGCUGGACCUGCAUAUGACAGUCUCCUAGCGUCGUACGGAUGCAGUGACAAGGUUACGAUU